AUUAGCGCUGCUACUGACAUCUCUACGACCACGAAAUGUCAACAUGUGUUUAAACUGGGAGUGGAACUGCCUUCUCCAUUGUGCGCGUACGAUGGGAAAACUACAAUUAUUUUUUUGUGAAACGCCCAAUUGUGGCCACAAUGCCCGUUGUUUUAUUAUAAUUUGAUAUGGGCAUCUUUUCUGCUUAUAAAUAUGGCUAAUGGUCGUUUUGUGAUGUUACUGAGGGCACAGCGCCGCAGUGCUGUGGUGUGGAGUGAAACAUCUGAAUGCAGCUGAAGUGAAAGAAAGCAAAAGUGAUGAAGAAAUGAAUGGAUAUAUGCAAAUUAGAAUUGUUUGAAAGCCAUUCAAUGCCGAUUGUGCGUUUGCUGUGUGGAGUUUUUAUCUCUUCACUUUGUUUGUGUGUCUUUUUAAUAAAAAGCUGUUACGAAGACUAUAAAAUAACAAUAAUAAUUUUGCUUUAAAUUAACAACGAGUGACAUAUUCGUCCAUUUCAUAAUUCCAGCAAUGAAAAUAGAGAAAUAGAGAAAACUUGUUUACACCUUUGCCGUUAAACAGUUGGCUGCUGGUGUGCCCCUUACAUGGGCGCUGCUGUGCGCACCCGUUUGGUGUGUAAGUUAGAUAAUCGGCCAGGUAAUACGAGACAGACAGACGGUCGACCUUAUGCUAAGCAGGAUGCAUUUUAAUACGCAUUGACCAGUUUGGGCCAUUUGCUAAUCUUUGUUAUGUGAUACUUUUUUUUGUUGUUGCUGUUACACGCAAAGGUCACACGGGCGCUUGCUAUGCUGCGCAGAUUGCGUAUACUCACACGACACCACCAAUAACGGAUAUGAAAAAGCUACAAAUCGGUGACUUCAUGCAAAUGCGAAUCAAUUCAAUUUGUUGAGAAGCAUUUUGAUUAUUUGUUGACCAUCUAUAAAAGCGUUAACUGGUUCAGAGAUUGGUAUCAUUCACACACUGGAACUUGUCAGAGAAAGUAAGGAAGAUCGGCAGCACCACAAAUUAUUUGAACAAAUCAAAGAUGAAGUCAAUUACUGUUGCAUUGUAUUUCACCAUACUGGCUUUAGUCAGCGCUCAACCUGGUUACAAAUACCAACAACCACAAUCGGUGCCAUUGGCGCCCGCUGCGCCACCAGCUACGCACCAUCACCAACACCAUCAUCACCAUCAACUCGGUCCACAACCAACAGCUCCACUUGGUGGGCCCAUUGCGCCACCACAACAGAACAACAUCUACUCACCCGUGCAAUCGCCUCCUUUACAAUCAUUCAACGCACCACCACUACCACCACUACCACAGCCGGCAGCAAUUCCUUUGCAGCCACCACGAGUUGAGAUUCCAUUGCCACAGGCACCACCGGCAGCACCACAGCAACCCCAACAAUCCUAUUUCGCCCCUGCGCAAAACUCUGGAGGAAAUUCAUUUUCUCAUAGCCAUCAGCAACAGUUUGCCGAGCAACAGGGCGUAUUGCAGCAGCAGCAGUCUCACUUUGGUGGCGCCGCUCAACUCUCACAACCACUGAGUUUCUCGUCGGGCGGUCAGGGUGGUUUCCAACCGAACUUCCAACAACCGAAUAUCCAAUCAUUCCAGCCACGCCCACAGACUGCCAUCAUCAGCAAAGAUAUUUACAUUCACUCGGCUCCCGAAGACAAUGAGGAGCUUGAUUUGGGCUCACAGCUGGAUAAUGUACCUGUCCGCAAGAACUAUCGCAUUGUAUUUAUUAAAGCCCCAGCUCAAAAUCUCAAAUUGGCUUCUGCCGCUUUGAAACGUGCUCAGAAUGCUAACGAAGAGAAGACCGUUAUCUAUGUGCUGUCGAAGAAGCCCGACUUGUCUGAGGUGCAACAGCAAUUGCAACAGGCUCAAGGUCAACAGAAGUCGCACAAACCUGAGGUGUACUUCAUUAAAUAUAAGACCCAGGAAGAGGCUCUACGCGCCCAGCAGGAAAUUCAAGCUCAAUACGAUUCGUUAGGCGGCUCCACUCACAUUUCCGAUGAGGGUAUUGCUCCGGUUACUUCCGUCUCUAGUGGUGCUGCGAAUUUGAGUGGCAGUAUUGGACAGCAACAGUCAUCUUUCUUCCAGCAGAACUACCAAUCGGCUGCCAAUUAUGAAGGGCCAGCCAACAAAUACUUGCCGGCCAAGAAGAAGUAAAUGCACUAAGGAUUUCUCAAGUAUUGAGCUAGUUUUUAAGGCGUUCCAUGUUCUCUGACUAUUUCAUGCAUUUUCUAUCCAAUCUUUGUAUCUUUGUACAAAAACUUUCUUCUGAAUCAUGCGAAUGUCACAAAUCGUAUCUUUUAUGCGCCAUUUACACACAAAUAGUUUAUAUUAAUUUAUUGAAAGAAAUAAACCAAAUAAAUUUUAUAAUUUUUUAAAAAGGUUUUUGAAUAGAACUUUCAUAAAGUGAAAUCAAAAAAAAAAUAGAUUUCCCGGCCACAAUCCUAUCCUCAGUUUGUUUGCUCGACUACCUUAGAAAGGCUGCUCUUAAAAGGAGUUCAGUUGGUGACAACAAAUAUUUACUGUGGCACAAUAUUUAUCUGGAAUCCAUUCUUUGGAAUGCGGGCCAUUCAAACACCCAGCGCUGAAUGGACUUUGCUCCUAAAAUAAUCCUUCUUCUUCUUUCUUAGCAUGACAGUCCUGGGUGGACCACUGCUUCCACAACUAUCUUUCUUCAGAUUUCUUGAUUCGCUGGCAAUCGCUACCAGUU